AUGGCAACGUUAAAAGACAUUUUAAAAAAUAUUUCGACCGUAGUUAACUCAUCAAAUGCAAACGUUCAACCUAUAAUAGAUUCGAUUGAAAAUUUUAUAACGACACAAGAAUCUAACGUCGAACAACAAAAAGCUGAUAAAAUUAAAAAAAUUUCUUCAGAAUUACUUCAAUUAUAUAAUACUAUAAAAGAUUUUCCAAAUAAAUUUUGUAGUUUUCUAAAAUGUUUAAAAGCUUUAUUACCCAUAUUAGGACCUGAUAUUAUAAUAUCUGAUUGGUGGAAUAGUGUAUUAAUUCAUGUAUUACAUUCACCUUUACAACCAAAGGAUAUUGUAGAACAAGUAAAAGGAUUAGUUAAAGAUGUAUUAACAUGUGAAACCGAUAAGGUUAAGGAAUUUAGAAAGGAAAUACUUGAAUUAUAUUUAAAAGAAUCUAGUAGUGUAGGGAUAGCUGCUGGAGGAGAUGAUGGAACAGUAGGAGAACAGACUCAUGCAUUUUGGUGUCGUAAUUUAGAUAGUUUAUUGAGAGAAUUUGGUGCUGUUGAAACAAAGGAAUUUUUUAUUUUAUUAAAUUCAUAUUUUGUUCAAAGUACUUAUAGGCUACAAGUCUUAACAUUAUUUGGUGAAUUUAUAAGAAAACAGAAUUUACAUAUUCAUCAAAUAUUAGAGACUCCACUUCUUGAUUCUUUAUUAACCUCACUUCAGCGGGAUACAUCCACAACUUUGAUUUCCCUUUCACUAACUACUUUAAUUAUGUUAUUACCUCAUAUAUGUAUAUCUGUUACUACUUAUCUUCCUGGACUGUAUAUUAUAUUUAGCAGGAUUAUAUGUUGGGAUAAACAUAUUUCGAGACCCGUUGAUUUUCCUGAUGAGAUUGUGGAAAGUGAUGACGACGACGACGAUGAUGAUGAUGAUCAAAAAACAUCAGAAAAGUUGAAUGUUGUAGAUUGGAAUCGAUGUGAUUCGACUUUUGAUAAUGCACCAUCAAGUCCACCAAGUUGUAAGCAACUUUUUACAUUUUUGUAUGGAAUGUUUCCAUGUAAUACUGUAAAAUUUUUAAAAGAUCCUUCUGGUUGGAUUAAAGAGAUGAAUAAUGUUCCUUUAAUUGAAAAAUUUGAUGAUGAUAUUAUAAGAGCGAGAAGUAUGUCAUUAUUACGAAUUCAUACACUUCACCCAAAUCUUAUAAUGAGCGAUUCAGAGAAAGAACUUUCAGAUACAUCAAGAUGGAUGAAACUUGAACCUGCUGAUGUAGUUGCCGAAUGCGUUAGUUAUGAUAUGGAGAAUGCUUCUUCUAAUUCAAAUAAUUCAAAUGAAUUGGAAAAUCUAACUAAAAUAGUGUUAGAAGAAGCUGAUACUAAAAUAAUUGAAAAGAAAACUCAAAAAGCAAGACGUCCUUCACAAGCAAUUUCUAUACAUGAAAUUAUGGAUGUUCAUCAGGCUCUUAAAAGUGGUGCUGAUAUUGUUGUAGGGGAUGAUCCUUGGGCAUCCAGGAUAAUAUCAUAUUCAAAUUUUCUAACUGUUAAUCAUCCUACUUCGCCACCUGAAAAUGAAUCACCACCGACUACAAACACUACAAACACGCAAGCGAGUGUGGCAUAUUUACAACGUGAAAUAAUGCUUUUGAGGAAUGAAUUAAAUUUUGAACUUUAUCUUAAACAACAACAUCUUCAACAUAUUGGUAGAUUACAUCGUGAUCAUAUAUUAGAUAGUACAGUUGAAGCUGAAAGACAAAAUUUAUAUAAUACAUGUAAAAUAUUAAAAUCACAAUUAUCACAAACUCAAGCCGCGUUUGAUAGACAAAAAACUGAAACUGCUAAUACAAAAAAGAAACACGUUCAAUGGGAGAAUGAAUUAAAUAAUAAAUUGAAACAAUAUAAAAACGAGAAAAAAGAAUGGAAGAGUGUUUUAGAUAAAUUAGAACAAGAAUUAAGCGAAUCUAAGCUUGUAAUAGACGCGCAAAAUAAACAAAUCGAGGUGUUAAGUGCGAAAUGUUUCUCACUUGAGAAUCAAAUCAAAUUACAUGAGCCCCAACUUCAAAAAUUAACAGAGUACGAACACACCAUUGAUCAAUUGACAAAACAACUUAUGUUAUGGGAAGCUGAUACGAUAAAAUUUCAAGAACAAAAAAGAUUAAUGGAGACUUUAGUAGGGAAUUGGCAUAAAAUGGAAAUGAUGUUGAAAUCUGGAGAACAUGAGAUUCAACAAUUAAGUUCCACCAUUAGUUCGCAAUCUCUUGUUAUUGAUGAUCUAAAAAUUCAAUUGGAGAAUUCUACAAAAAACAUAGAAAGACCUGAAAAAGCGUUGGAAAAACAAAUGAUGAUAUGGUCAUUUGAAAGAGAUAAGAGGGAUAAAGAAUUCAAAAAGUUGGAAACUCAAUUUGAUGAAGUUAAAAAGCAUAACGAAGAAUUACAGUCACGUAUUAUAGAAUUACUGGCUAAAAUUGAAUCACUCACUCCACCUAAGAUACCUAAGAUCGAAAAUAAAAUAAGCGAAGAAUUGAGCGAAAAAGUGAGUAAAGAGGUUAACGAAGAAGUGAGCGAAGAAGUAAACGAAAAAGUGAGUGGAGAAGUUAGCGAAGAAUUAAGUGAAAAAGCGAGUGAAGAAGUUAGCGAAGAAGUGAUCGAAAAAGUGAGUGAAAAAGUUAACGAAGAAUUGAUCGAAAAAGUGAGUGAAGAAGUUAGCGAGGAAGCGAGCGAAAAAGUGAAUGAAGAAGUUAGCGAGGAAGCGAGCGAAAAAGUGAAUGAAGAAGUUAGCGAAAAAGUGAGCGAAAAAGUGAGUGAAGAAGUGAGUGGACUCAGUGGAGAAGCGAGUGAAGAAGCGAGUGAAAAAGUGGAUGAAGUGAGUGGAAAAGCGAGUGAAAAAGUGGAUGAAGUGAGUGGAGAAGCGAGUGAAAAAGUAGAUGAAGUGAGUGGAGAAGCGAGUGAAAAAGUGGAUGAAGUGAGUGGAGAAGCGAGUGGAGAAGUGAGUGAAAAAGUAAACGAAAAGUGA